CGGAUCGUGGGGCUGCCCGGGGGUCCAGCUGCAGCUGCCUUGAGUCCAGGGCCCUGGGGACAGGCUCGGCAGGGUGCAGGGCUGCAACGGGAAACCCCGUGAGGGUUGAAUUCAGCGGCCACGAGCCAUGCACCGAGCCCAGGCGCCAAGCAAAUCUGGGGAGGAGGCCGGGGGGCUGGCGCGCACACUGGGGAGGCCCGGAGUGGCCCCUCCAAGUCCCGGCAUCCCCCCGAAGCGUGCCAAGGUCACGGCGGUGCCCGAAGCGGGGGCAGCUCGCCCAGCAGCCCCGGUCUUUGUGCGGAAGCUGAAGAACGCGGCCAUUGGCACCGGCUGCGACAUUCGGCUGCGAGUGGCUGUGGUUGGGAGCCCCCCGCCCCACCUGCGCUGGUACAAAAACGAGGCAGAAAUCCCCCCGCGGGGAGAGGAGUAUGGUACCCUGUGGAUCCGGGACAGCAAGCUGGAGGACGCCGGCGUCUACACCUGCGUGGCCCAGAACGAGCAGGGCGAGGCCAUGACGAGCGCCGUGCUGGCCAUCCUCGAUAUGGAAGACUCGGAGACAGGCGAGGACGACGCCAGCGACCCCCAGGGGAUGCAGCGCAGUGAGCUCCAGGACGAGACGCCUUUCAGCUCCCCCACAGGGGAGUCGGACACGCUGGUGGACAGCUCCAUGAGCACGUCGGCGCUGGGCCAGUCGCAGGCGGAGGAGCGCUCCAGCUGGUCGGGCAGCCAGCAGACGGUGGUGGAGAAGGAGCCGGAGCCCGGCCCCCCAGUGAGGGGGCCCUUCCUGCGCCCCGGGGGCUGGCAGCCGCAGAGGACCCCAAGGCAAGCACAUGCGCAGGCCCCCCGCGGCGCCGAGGUCAGGCACCUGGGGGUGGAGCCGCUGCUACGGGCGUCGCGUGCUAUUCUGGUGGGCACAAGCUGGGGGUCGGAGGAGAGCCUCUCGGUGGCCAGCGACCCCUACGGCAGCGCCUUCAGCCUGUACAGAGGACGGGCGCUCUCGCUGCACGUCAGCAUCCCCCAGGGCGGGUACAGGAGAGACGACCUCAACGGCAGCACCUCGGAGCUCUCGCCGAAGCCUGGGGCAGACCCCCAAAGGCCUCCGGCCCAGGCGCUGGCCUCCAAGCCUCCUGUUCUCUGCCUGCCGUCUCCCAGGGUGGGCCAGUACCCGGCCCAGCCGCCCGGAGCCGCGUCUCAGCCGGCCAGCCGAGGUCCUGGCGUCCCCUCUCCCACGCCCCUGACGCCCCGCCGCACGGCCCUGAUGCCGGUGGAGUACCAGGACACGGUCCCCGAGGAGUACGAGGAGAAGGUCCGGAAGCCCAAGUCUCUGGGGUACUCGCAGGCCAGCACGCUGGAGUCCCGGCCCCAGACCCCGCUGAGCGAGACCUCCAGCCGCGUGUCGGUGCUGCGGCCGUCGCCCAAGCUGGCGCGCUCCGGCUCCAAGAUCUUCGAGAAGCUGAAGUACUUCGAGGAGCGCCGGAGGAGCCUGGAGCAGAGCGACAGCCCCGUCCCGGUCCACGCCUGGCUGCCCCUGCGCAAGACGCGCUCCUUCGACCAGCCCGACCUGGGCCAGCGCCCACUCACGCCGGGCGGCUCCCGGGAGGAGCUGCGGGACGGGGUGCGGUCGGAGCUGGGCGGCCCGACGUGCCGGCGCCAGGCCUUCCGCCACAAGGCCGCCUCGUUCGACGAGCGGGGCCGCUUCGCCAGCCGGGUCGGCAACAUCGAGCUCAGGUUCUCCGAGGAGCUGAGCCGCAUCAAGAAGACUGUCUCCAAGCAGCAGCUGAUGAGGUCGCAGGAGCUGGCAAAGGCCGGCCUCCCGCGGGCCCCCUCACCCCAGGGCCCCAGCCAGCUCUCUGCCCCCCGGGCGCUGGAGGCCCCGAAAGGCCAGCUGCCCAAGGCCCCGCCGCCUGUGGAGAACGCGCACGGGAUCCAGCAGCUGGCCAUGGCCAGCGUGGGGCUGGGGGGGCCCGGAGACGGGGCGGAGCGGGCGGCCACGCGGAAGCCGCUGCUCCGGAGCUGCGCCCUGGCCAGCCAGCCCCGGGAGGAGGCCAGAGGCAGGAGGAGUGUGGAGCCGGAAGGUGCUGAGGGCAAGAGGAAGGUGGAGCAGUGCCCCUUAUCGCUGGGGCGGGGGGACCUGCCGGAGGCCGGGACCCCCGAGGGAGCCGCAUGCCUGGAUGGGGGCCCAGCUGGCCGCGACGGCAGGGCCCCCGGGGCUGGGAGCGAAGCCCUGACCACCAGGCCCACAGGCCAGCACGGGCCGCACAGGAAGCGGGCCGUGGGCCAGGAGGUGCGGUUCUUACCCUGGGCCAAGCCCGGGCCGGAGCUCGGAGCCGGCCUGGAGGGGGCCAGGGCAGGGCCGCGCGGCACAGGCAGGGAUGCCGAGCAAAGGCAGCUGAAGGUCACAGAGAAGAAGGAAGGUGCCCGGCUGGCUCAGGAAGGGCGACGCGCCCGGAGCAAGGGGAAAAGCCGCCGGCCCCGGCCCACCUCGCCAGAGCUAGAGUCAUCCGAUGAUUCGUACGUCUCCGCUGGCGAGGAUCCCCUGGAGGCCCCGGUCUUUGAGAUCCCCGUCCAGGACGCUGUGGUGACGGUGGGCGCAGAGGUGCUGCUGAAGUGCAUUGUCACAGCCAACCCCGUGCCCGAAGUGUCCUGGAGGAAGGACGGCGUCCUGCUGAGGGGCAGCGCCGGGCGCCCCAUCAAAGUGGAGGGUGAGCGCCACACGCUGCUGCUGCCGAGCGCCCGGGGGGCCGACGCCGGCCUGUACACGGUCACGGCCGCCAACGAGGUGGGGGAGUCGUGCUGCAGCGCCAGGCUGAGCGUGCGGCCGGCGCCCCCUGCGGAGAGCCGGGGGUCCCUGCCGCCCCCCCCGGCCCUGGCCAGCCCCAUCACGUCGGACGAGGAGUACCUGAGCCCCCUGGAGGAGUUCCCAGCGUCCGGGACCCCCCAGCACCGGCUGGCCGGGCAGCUGCAGCGCACAGUCGACCUCGGCGCCGCCCGCAGCCCGGUGGAGACCAACUUCAAGGCUGCCCCCACCUUCGAGCUGGCUCUGGGUGACCUGUCGGUGCUGGAGGGGCAGGACGUCAGCAUGAGCAUCCGGGUCCGGGGCGAACCCAAACCCAUCAUCCACUGGCUGAGGAACCGGCAGCCGGUGAAGGUGGGCCGGCGGCUCUCCGUGGCGGAGGGGGAGGGCGGCUCCUGCACCCUGCACAUCCUGGCGGCAGAGCGCGCGGACGCCGGCUUCUACGCCUGCAAAGCCAUCAACGAAUACGGCACCAAGCAGUGCGAGGCCAAGCUGCAGGUCCGAGCGCACCCCGCGAGCCAGGCCCUGGCUGUGCUGGCGCCGCUGCAGGACGUGACGGUCGGGGCCGGGGAGCUGGCGCUCUUCGAGUGCCUGGUGACGGGCCCGCCGGACCUGGACGUCGACUGGCUCUCGCGGGGGCGGCUGCUGCAGCCCGCCCUGCUCAAGUGCAAGAUGCACUUUGAUGGGCACAAGUGCAAACUGCUGCUCACCUCCGUGCACGAGGACGACAGCGGCGUCUACACCUGCAAGCUGAGCACAGCCAAGGAGGAGCUGACCUGCAGCGCCCGGCUCACCGUGCGCCCGUCGAUCCAGCCGCUCUUCACCCGCAAGCUGGAGGACCUGGCCGUGGUGAAGGGACGGACGGCGCGUUUCGACUGCAAGAUCAGCGGCACCCCCACGCCCACCGUCACCUGGACCCACUUCGGCCAGCCCGUGGAGGAAGGCGAGAACGUGCGGCUGCAGCAGGAGCGGGGGCUGCACUCGCUGCUCAUCGCGCAUGCGGACAGCGAGGACGAGGGGCAGUACGGGGUCUGUGCCGCCAACGCGCAAGGCCAGGCGGAGUGCUCCGCCGAGCUGUAUGUGGAGGAGCCGCGGCCGGCCGCCACCUCCCACAGCUCCAAGCUGGAGAAGAUGCCGUCCAUCCCGGAGGAGCCGGAGCUGCCGGAGAACGAGGUGGAGCGCUUCACCAUGCCCGACUUCCUCCACCCGCUGCACGACCUGGACGUGGUGGAGUCCAAGGAGGCGGUGCUGGAGUGCCAGGUGGCCGGCCUGCCCUACCCCACCAUCACCUGGUUCCACAACGGCACCAAGAUCCGCAGCUCCGAGGACCGCAAGAUGACCCAGUACAAGGACACCCACCGCCUGCUCUUCCCGGCCGUCAGCCACGCCCACGCCGGCGUCUAUAAAAGCGUCAUUGCCAACCGGGUGGGGAAGGCCACCUGCUACGCUCACCUCUAUGUGACAGACGUGGUGCCGACUCCCCCCGACGGGCCGCCCGUUGUGCUGGCCGUGACCGGCAGAGCCGUCACGCUGACCUGGAACAAACCCAAGUGGCUCGACUCAGCCAUAGACCCCGCCUCGGUGACCUACACCAUCCAGCAGCAGGUGCUGGGCACCAGCCAAUGGACCAUCGUGGCCACCGGCCUGCCAGACACCCGCUGCACAUUGCACAGCCUGGCCAAGGGGCCACGAUACCUCUUCCGAGUGCUCACGGCCACCCCCAGGAGCAGCAGCAAGCCCUCGCCUCCCAGCGAGCCAGUGCAGCUCCUGGAUCGGGGUCCGUACCUGGAGGAGGCUCCCGUCAUCCUGGACAAGCCAGACGUGGUGUAUGCAGUGGAGGACCAGCCAGCCUCCGUCACCGUGACCCUGAACCACGUGGAGGCCACGGUCACCUGGAAGAGGGGCGGGUUGGUGCUGGAGGAGCGGGCUGGCGAGUGUGAGCUGAGCAUGGCUGACGACGAGCAGCACUGCCUGCGGCUCUGCCAGGUGCACCGCGGGGACGCUGGGGAGCUCACCUGCGAGGUGAGCAACAGGCACGGCGCGGACAGCUGCUCCAUCAGCCUGCAGCUGGCAGAGGCGCCGCGCUUCGAGUCCAUCAUGGAGGACCUGGAGGUCGGGGAGGGCGAGACGCCGCGCUUCGCCGUGGUGGUGGAGGGCAAGCCGCUGCCCGACAUCAUGUGGUACAAGGACGAGGCGCUGCUGGCCGAGAGCAGCCGCCUGACCUUUGUCUACGACGACAGCGAGUGCUCCCUGGUGCUGCUGGGCGCCACGGCCCGCGACAGCGGCGUCUACACCUGCACCGCCCGCAACAUGGCUGGGGAGGUGUCCUGCAAAGCCGAGCUGGUGGUGCGUGCAGCCCAGCCGGAGGCCGCGGCCGCGGUGGCAGAGGAGGGGCAUGCGGCCCGGCGGCUGACGGACGACUACGAGGUGCACGAGGAGAUCGGGAGGGGGGCCUUCUCCUACGUGCGGCGGGUGAGGGAGAAGAGCAGCGGGCUGGACUAUGCAGCCAAGUUCAUCCCCUGCCGGGCCAAGGCCAAGCAGUCGGCGCGCAGGGAGCUGCAGAUCCUGUCCCAGCUGGACCACGAGCGCCUCGUCUGCUUCCACGACUCCUUCGAGAAGAAGAACGCCGUGAUCAUCGUCAUGGAGCUCUGCACGGAGGAGGAGCUGCUGGACAGGAUGGCGAGGAAGCCCUCGGUGUGCGAGUGGGAGGUUCGCUCCUACAUGCGGCAGCUGCUUGAGGGGCUUCGCUACCUGCAUCGCUGCAGCAUCCUGCACCUGGACGUGAAGCCGGAGAACCUGCUGAUGGCCGGCAGCGACCAGGUGCGGCUCUGCGACUUUGGCAACGCUCAGUGGCUGGCGCCGGAGGGGGCCCAGUACUGCAAGUACGGCACCCCCGAGUUCGUGGGCCCGGAGAUCGUCAGCCAGAGCCCCGUGUCCAUCGUCACCGACGUCUGGCCCGUGGGAGUCAUCGCCUACCUAUGCCUGACGGGGAUCUCCCCGUUUGUGGGCGAGAACGACAAGACGACGCUGCUGAACAUCCGCAACUCCAACGUGGCCUUCGAGGAGAGCAUGUUCCUGGGGCUGACGCGGGAGGCCAAGGGCUUCCUCAUCAAAGUGCUGGUGAACGACCGGCUGAGACCCAACGCGGAGCAGACGCUGGAGCACCCCUGGUUUAAGACCUUGGCCAAGGGGAAAUCCAUCAGCACCGACCACCUGAAGCUCUUCCUCUGCCGCAGGAGGUGGCAGCGCUCUCAGAUCAGCUACAAAGGCAGCCUGGUGCUGAGAGCCAUCCCGGAGCUGCUGGAGGACACGUCCAGCCACCUCUCCAUCGCCCUGCCCCGGCACCUCAAGGACUCGCCCGCCCUCUCCUCCUCCUCGGACUCGGAGGAGCUGGACGAGCUGCCCCUGCUGCCCAUGCCCCACCAGGUGGAGUUCUCCGGCUCCCGCGUCUCCCUCAACGAGCUCCCCACGGACGAGGAAGCCCUGGGCCAGGCCGAGGGGGCGCUGGAGGAGGUCCCCGUGCAGUGGCAGGCGGAGGUGCCAGGCCCGGGGAAGGGGCCCGCGGCGGCGGAGGGGCCUGGCUCCGCACAUGAGGACUCCGCCGAGGCCCAGUCGCGGCCCGGGUGCCCCCGGCAGGCCCUGCAGAAGGGCUCCAGCCUGGAGUUCCCGGAGGGGGGGCGCCCGCCUGGCCGGAAGGGUGAGCUGCGGCGGGGCAGCUCUGCGGACAGCGCCCUCCUGCUGGGCCUGCCGGCGGGCGAGGAGCCCCCCCCGGCGCUGAAGAAGGCGGCGUCCAUGGAGCUGCCGCGCCGGAGCCCCAGCCCGGGGGGGGCGCAUCGCAGGCAGGCCGAGGAGGAGCGCGCCCAGCGCCUGGAGCUCGUGCGCCAGCGCCUGCUGCGGGACGGCCCCAUGGAGCCCAGGGUCAGCGGCCUGCGGGGGCCGCUCCUGGAGACCCUGGAGAAGAAGGUGCGGCCCCCCCGGCCCGCAAAGCAGCCGCCCCCGGGGGCCAGGCUGGUGCGGGCGGCCUCCAGCGAGGCGGCCCCGCAGCACCCGCCCCCAGCGCCGCGCCUGCUGCAGAAGAGCAGCUCCUUCAGCCAGGGCGACCUGGAGCCGGUGCUGGUGCACCGCCGCUCGGGCGCCCCGCUCGAGAUCCCCGGGACGCGCCUGGAAAGCCAGCGGCUCCAGGAGUCCCCCUCGCUCUCCGCCCUGACGGAGUCCCGGCCCCCGACCCCGCGGGAAAGUUCCUCCCCUGAGCAGGGCCCUGUGCCGGGGGGCGCGGCCGGGCCCAGAGCCAGCUUGGCAGCUGUGGGCAAGAAGCCUCAAGAAAAGCCUCUGCCGCGGCCUGCAGCUGCCCCGGUCCCCCUGCAGGCAGCUCCCAAGCCCAGAGCAGCCCUGCCCGAGCCCCCUGCCCCGGACUCCAGGGCCCCCAAACCCUCCUCCUACGCACAGGUGAGCCAGACCAUCCAGCUCCCCCCCCGCUGCCCGCCCGAGCCGCGCCCGCGCCCCAGCCCCGCGGCCCGCCCGGAGGCGGCGCCGUCGCGCUCCAGCAGCGCCCUGCCCAUCAAGGACAUCGACUCGGAGGAAGUCUUCGAGGCCAAGUUCAAGCGGGGCCGGGAGUCGUCGCUCAGCCGCGGCCUGAAGCUCCUCGGCAGGCCCCACUCGGCGGAGCGGCGCCCGGCCAGCCCGCUGGCGCGGGAGGAGGGGAUGUACCGGCCCGGCCCGGCCGGGGCACCGCUGCAGCUCGCCAAGGGCCCGGCCCAGAGGGCCCAGUCGGUGCAGGAGCUGCGUGAGCCGGAGGAGGCCAGCUUCAUCCGCAGGAUGUCCCAGCGCCUGUGGCGCACGCCGCCCAUGGAGCGCAAGCAGCCCCCGGAGCAGGAGUCGGGCCGCGAGCCCCCGAGCCGGGGCCGCCGUCUCUCCUGGAGCCUGGGGCUGGGCAGCUCCAAGGACAAGCGGGACUCGGCGAGCCUGAAAUCGGAGCCAGGCCGGAGCCAGGCCGGGUCGGAGCCCCCCGGCAGGGAGCCCGGCGAGUCGCCCGUCGUAGCCAUGAGGCGGAAGAUCAGCUCCACCAUGGAGCGCCUCUCCCAGCGCCUGCGCAGCCCCUCGGCCGACAGCGGGGAGGCGGAGGGGCCCGGGGAGCGGAGCCCGCUGCGGAGGUCCAACUCGGAGGGGGAGAACCUGCGCAAGAUGGGGAUCCCGCAGAACCAGCUGGCGGCACAGUCAGCCCUGGCGCCCUCCGCCGAGUCCUUCCAGUCGCAGAGCAGCACCCGCUCGGAGGCGGGUGCCAGAGCUCCCAGCGAGGGCCAGAGACGCUCCCGGUGGGACCGCUGGGGCCUGUCCCGCGCCAGGAGGGACAAGGCGGCCUCGCAGCCCAGCAUCCCGGCCAGCCUGCGGCAGGAGGACGGCACCAUUGUGGGCAGGCAGUACGUGCGCAACGAAUCGGACUUCCCCCCCGUUUUCCACAUCAAGCUGAAGGACCAGGUGCUGCUGGAGGGCGACCCGGCAACCCUGUUCUGCCUGCCAGCUGCCAGCCCGUCCCCCAAAAUCCUCUGGAUGAAGGACAAGCAGGCGCUGGUGUCCGACGCCGCGGUGAACGUCGUCUCGUGUAAGGAUGGCCGCCAGCUGCUCUCCAUCCCCAAGACGUGCAGGAAGGAUGCAGGCCUGUACGAGUGCACCGCUGCCAACGCCCUGGGCACGGCCACCAGCUCGUGCACUCUGGCCGUGGCACGCCUGCCGGGGAAGCCGGGCACCCCGGAGAUCCCUCAGAAGUACAAGAACACGGUGCUGGUGCUGUGGAAGCCUGCGGAGAGCCGGGCCCCUUGCACCUACAUCCUGGAGUGCAGACUGAACGGGGAACGCGAGUGGAAGACCAUCGGCUCGGGCAUCCCCGACUGCUACUUCAACGUGACGGAGCUGCCCGCCAGGAGCACGGCCAGCUUCCGGGUCGCCUGCGUCAACAAGGCCGGCCAGGGGCCCUACAGCAACCCCUCGGCGACGGUGGCCAUCGAGCCCGACGAUCCCAGCGCUGCCCCCAAGAGAGCCGCUUCCAGCCGCUUCACCCAGCCCCCUCCUGCCCAGCCCGCACCCCAAGCCGUGGGGGCCCCUCCCCCCACCCCACCCCGCAAGCACAAAGGGGUCGUGCACAUGCCCGGCCGGGCACCACAGGCGCCUGUUCCCGGGGGCGCCUCUGCCGCCAUCCAGCCGCCUCCCCGUGCCGAGGCAGAGCCUGCCCCCCAAGAGCAGCUCAGCCCCCCUGCCGCCCCCCCAGCAAUUGCUGGGUCUGGCUCCCCAGAGCUGGCGUUAACGCCAUCCAGGGCUGCCCCUCCGCGCCCCCUCGCCACCCACACAACCAGCCAGGCGGUGCAGGGCUCAGCCGCCCCUCCAGCCCAGCCCCCUUCCCGGCUCUCCCCCAUCGCUCCAGCAUCGGCCACGCCCGUGUCCCCCUCCCCCAAAGCGGCGCCCAUGUACAUGGUCACCUCCUUUGUCUCCAUGCCGGCUGCGACGCCCCCCACGGAAGCCCCGUCCCCUCUCCCCAAAGAGGCGGUGCCAUCGGCCACGCGCUUCCCGGGCCGGAGCGCCACCCCGAGCAGGGAGCCCGGCGGCCCCGCCAGCAGGCGGAGCCCCCCAGAGGCACAGGAGGGCACAGCGCUGCGCCAGGGGGUCCCCCAGAAGCCUUACACCUUCCUGGAGGAGAAAGCGAGGGGCCGGUUCGGGGUGAUCCGGGAGUGCAAGGAGAACGCCACCGGGAAGCACUUCAUGGCCAAGAUCAUCCCCUACGAGGCGGAGAAGAAGCAGAGCGUCCUGCAGGAGUACGAGAUCCUCAAGGGGCUGCACCACGAACGCGUCAUGGGCCUGCACGAAGCCUACAUCACCCCCCGCUACCUGGUGCUGAUCGCCGAGCACUGCGCCGGCAAGGAGAUCCUCUACCACCUCGUGGACAGGUUCCGCUACUCGGAGGACGACGUGGCCGGCUACGUGCUGCAGCUGCUGCAGGGGCUGGAGUACCUGCACGGGCACCGCAUCGUGCACCUGGACAUCAAACCCGACAACGUGCUCGUCGCCUACAGCAACGCGGUGAAGAUCAUCGACUUCGGCAGCGCCCAGAGCUACAACCCGCUGGUGCUGCGCGGGCUGGGGCGCCGGGUGGGCACGCUGGAGUUCAUGGCUCCGGAGGUGGUGAAGGGAGACCCGGUGGGCCCUGCGGCCGAUCUCUGGGGGCUUGGCGUGCUCACCUACAUCAUGCUCAGCGGCCGGUCGCCGUUCUUCGAGCUGGAUCCCAUCGAGACUGAGAACAGGAUCCUGGCCGGGCGCUUCGACGCCUUCAAGCUGUACCCCAACGCCUCGCAGGGCGCCGCCCUCUUCAUCCGCAAGCUGCUCUGCAUCUGCCCCUGGAGCCGGCCCACCAGCAAGGACUGUUUUGCCAACCCCUGGCUGCAGGACGCCUACCUGAUGAAGCUGCGCCGCCAGACCCUGACCUUCACCACCAACCGGCUCAAGGAGUUCCUGGUGGAGCACCAGCGGCGGCGCGGCGAGGCCGUCACCAAGCACAAGGUCUUACUCCGCUCCUACCGCGGCUCCGGCAGCCAGCCGCCCCCUGCGCCGGUCACGCCGUAGCCCCGCCCCCCCGCCGCGACGGAGGAGUCGAAGGAACAUUCCAGGGGCCGGGCCCGCGGCUCCGGCAGGGCUGGGCCGCUCGGGGCGCAGAGGCGCGUUUGCCCGGGCACCGUGGGCCCCUCCGCCCAGCAGAGUCGGCACCGCCGGGGGCUCACUGCUCCCGCUCCUCCUGCAGGGGGCCUGCUGCAAGGGGCGGGACUUCCUGGUUUGCUGUGCCUGAGGACAGGAAAUGCUACGCAAACAGCUGGACUUCCAGGACUAGGGGCUGGCGGGCUGUGGGGGAGGGGAGACGGGCGCCCAGCAGCAACCUGUCAAGGGGGGAGAUGGAGGGCCGGGGGCAGGAGCCGUGACGAUGGGAAGCCACCAGCAUUGUCUGCCCUUUGCGAUGUGUCCCCCGGGUUUGGGGGGGCCCGGCCCGGCCCGUGGGGUUCCACCGCCGUUACGUUUCUCCCUCCAGCGCCCUGCGUGCUCUGGGGCUGGGCUGGAGGGCUGCUCACGUGCCCUGUAAGCGGAGCCGCGUCCGUGGUGCUCACUGCCUCCCUCCUGCACCUCUCGGGGGCGCUGUCGCCCCAGUUUGGCUGUCCAGCACCGGCCCCACUCGGUGGCCUCCCUCCCUGCCCCACACGCCCACAGGCUGCCAAAUGGGGAGUUUGCAUCUGUGCUGAACAUGGCUGAGCUAGUUGUGUGACCCCCAGCAUCCAGCGCCUGCCCCCCCACACACACACACAGCUCGGGCCCCAGGGAGCGGCUACAACACACCUGCAAGGGGGGGGCAUUUUGACUGAGGGCAGCCUGUGGCUUCAGUUCCAUCGGAAGUCAGGGAAGCUGGUGCCCAUUAUGGAUGAGGGCAAACUGAGC